CCAAGUUCCAACACCUUUGUCCCAAGAAAUAAAAUUCCUUUAAAGGAGGAGCUCAAGCACGUCCCUGAGCUGCAUCUUGCUGGCGCAUCGAACUCAAGAACAAGUAGCAAGCAACCAUGGGAGAACUGAGGGAGUGUAGUUUCCGUCCUCUUGCAAACCAUGUUUCUGGCAUGAUUCAUCACUAUACCGCAGCUAAGAGGCUACCUCAGAUGAAUUUGGAGUCUGGAUUGAUCCUAGCAGGCCUGUUGAGUUUCUUUGCCUCGUCUAUUUCGAGCGCAGGUGGGCUCGGUGGUGGCGGUCUGUAUAUACCAAUAUUGAAUCUGGUAGCAGGACUAGACAUGAAAACUUCAGCCUCUAUUUCUGCUCUCAUGGUCACUGGAAGCACUGUUGCGAACGUUAUCUACCACUUGCCUGCCAAACACCCAAAUUUUAGCAACAAGCCACUCAUUGACUACGACAUAACACUGAUGACUGAGCCAUGUUUGCUGCUUGGUGUAAGUGUUGGGGUGAUCUGUAAUGUUAUGUUUCCUGAGUGGUUGAUAACUAUGCUGUUUGCAUUUUUUCUUUCUUUCUCUACGUUCACAACAUGGAAAGCUGGGUUUAGAAGAUGGAAGCAGGAGACUGAGCAAGGUUGUCGGCUUGAAAACAAAGAGGUCGGUGAAGUUGCGAGUUUGGUAGUGCCAAUUUUAAAUGUUGAAAGCCAUAGAGGCUCUGUGCUUCCUUGGAGAAAACUUGGCAUCCUGGCCGCUAUUUGGAUGUCCUUCUUUGUGCUUCAGAUUUUGCGGGGGGAUCUUCAGGGACAGAGUUUGAUUCACCUGAAGCCUUGUGGAGUAGGGUACUGGCUACUCUUUGGAUGUCAAGUUCCUCUUGCUAUACUUUUCACGGUAUACAUUUUACUUAUGGAGAAGAUCACAGUAGACCAUCACUCCUUUGGACAGGACCAGACGCUGGGGAGCGUGCAAGGUAGGGCAAAGCUUCUGUUUCUGCUAAUAGCUGUUGCAUCUGGUUCUUUGAGUGGCCUCUUUGGAAUUGCUGGAGGGAUGAUUAUAAGCCCAAUUCUUCUUCAGAUGGGAAUCCCCCCUCAUAUAGCAGCAGCGACUACCUCUUUUAUGGUUUCCUUUUCUGCCUCUAUGUCUGCAGUUCAGUAUCUGUUACUGGGCCUUAAACACCUGGACUAUGCGCUCUGUUUUUCCACUCUGUGCUUUAUUUCUUCAUGGAUCGGCCUGGUAGUCAUACAAAAACCAAUAAAAAGAUAUGGUAGAGCAUCACUCAUAGUGUUCUUGGUCGCCACCAUAAUGGCAAUAAGCACUGUGUUGAUUACUAGCUUUGGGGCACUGAAUGUUUGGAGAGAGAGCAGUCAAGGAAAGCACAUGGGAUUCAAGCUGCCGUGUUGAAUUUUAUGUUUAAUGUUUGGGUGUGAACAACAUCAUGGAUAGUUGUUUUUUCUUAUAUCUAUUCAAAGAGU